ACAAUAAGCUCGUCGAAAAAGUGCCGGUAAUUGUCUAGACGAAUCCCCAUUUUCCUUUGUAUUUUGACUCACUACGCAAAUAAAGUGAAAAUUCUAAAAAAUGUCGACCUUGACGCCUCUUGAAGCUAACCCCGAGGUGCUGACCAAGUACAUACAUAAACUGGGCGUGUCGCCAGCCUGGUCGGUAACUGACGUCAUUGGAUUGGAUGAGGAUACCUUGGAAUGGAUUCCACGUCCCGUCAAGGCGUUUAUUUUGCUCUUUCCUUGCAGCGAAACUUAUGAAAAACAUCGCGCUGAGGAGCAUGAGCGUAUUAAGGAGGUGCAGGAGCAGCAUCCUGCCGAUCUCUUCUAUAUGCGCCAAUUCACCCACAACGCAUGCGGAACCGUUGCCUUGAUCCACAGCGUGGCCAACAACAAGGAAGUAAGCAUUGAUAGCGGAGUACUGAAGACCUUCCUGGAGAAGACAGCCUCACUUUCGCCGGAAGAGCGUGGCCAGGCCUUGGAGUCCGACGUGGACUUCACCGCCGAUCACCAGGCUCUGGCUCAGGAGGGUCAAACCAAUGCCGCCGAGCACGAGACAGUGAACCAUCACUUUAUCGCACUGGUGAACAAGGACGGCACUCUGUACGAGUUGGACGGCCGCAAGUCCUUCCCGAUUAAGCAUGGCGCGACUUCGGAGGAAACAUUCGUCAAGGAUGCGGCCAAGGUCUGCAAGGAGUUCAUUGCCCGUGAUCCCGACGAAGUGCGCUUCACCGUUCUGGCUCUGACUGCCGCGCAGGAUUAGACCGGAUCUGAUCUCACACUAUGAAUACCACCAAGAUCCCUGAUCUGCCAGAAUAUACAUUUAUUAUACAACUAUUUUUUUAAUCCGGCUGUAAAAAGGCGAACGAAGCCCCGCCUUUGAGCCAGCCAACAGUUUACGCAUAUUUAUUUUGCCUUGAGCCAAAGCCAGACAUGUAUUGGGAACCCUAAGAUUGUUAUUAAAGAGUGCACUCGAGCUUGAUGCUAAGCUUAUACUAAA